AUGCAAUAUACUUCUUCAUAAUUAAUUCGAAAUCAAACUCCUGAAGAUUUACUUUAAUCAUAUUCAAAUUAAAAAAGAGAAAAUGUAUCUACAAAUUCUUAGAUGUAAUCUUAAAUAAAAGUAAAUCAUAUUUUUUAAUUAUGAGCAUUCAAUUGAAUUACUAAAAAAUAAUCAAAUAAGUCAUUAAACAUUUAUUGAUUCUACUAAUAGAAAUCAAGAUUAACUAGUUUACUAAUUAUUUCAACUUUAAUAGAAAGUACGUGAAUGUGAAAAAUAAUUCAUUAAAAAAGAAUUGUUUUUGUAAGAAUAGAUACUUUAGACAUAAAAGAACUUUGAUAAAACAAUGAAUUUAAUGAAAUUUAAAUAUUAAAUGUAAAUAGAAGAUCUUAAUUCUGAAUUAAAGGUGAAAGAUGAAGAAAUCUAUAGUCUUAAUUUAUAAUUAUAAUAAAGUAAUUUAAAUAAAAUUGAGUAAAGAUUAUAUUCAUCUUAAUAAAAGUAAAAAUCAAUAAAAAGUGAAUAUUUACAUACUGAAAGUUCAAGAAUAAAUUAUAAAUUUAAAAUACCAAGAAGAACUUCAGAUGUUAGUAAAUAUUAGAAAGAAUUGAAUAGAAUUAAAAUUCAAACAGCAUAAUUUGCUUAAAAAUUUGAAAAUGAGAAAACUUAAAUUUAAUCAGAUAUUGUCUAAUUGAAAAAUUAGAAUUAAAUUAUUUAAGGUUAUUUGAACUUUAAUAAAGUUUAAAGUACUGAUCAAUCAUAACAUAAUUCACCAAUAAAACUCAAUAAUAUGUUGACAAAUAGAUAGAAUAGUUCUUCCUUUGGAAUUAAAGAAUAUUUCUCUAGCUAAUAGUGA